UUUAACAUAAGAACAAAUAUUCAAAUUUUUCCAAAACACUUCAUAAUAAAAAGUAUCAGCUGUUCAGUAAUUAGUAUCCGUGAAGGUGGCAACGCAAGAAUUUCACGAAAGGAAUUUUGUAUCGAAGUUAAGAAAGUAUCUAUUUGCCCAGUUCGGUCACAGUAUUAUCAUUACAUGUUAAUAUUUAAAGCAUAAACACUGCACAUUAUAUAUAAAAAAUAAAAAACUGCAAAAGCAUUCAAAAUAAUUAGAAGUGUAUGUAAUAUACAUCAAUUCUAUCUGUUUACUUUUUGUUGUACGACAAUUAAACAAAAAAGUUAAAGUUUAAAACUUUUUAUUUACCAUUUAUCUGACUACUUGAUAAAUUAAAAUGGAAAAGGAAAAGAAAACUGAAGAAAAUGGUGAAGUUGUCGACGAGAAACCAGUUAUUGAAAAUGCAGGUGAAAAUGUUGUUAAAACUAAUCCUGAGGAAAGUAACGCCGAAACCGCGGAAGCAUCGGGUAGCAACAAACCGACGACAGUGGACAGCAGCACAAACACUAACACCAAGGGCCUUGCUGCUUACAAAAUGGAUAAAAUGGAAGCACUUCGCCUUACAGAAUAUUUUUGUCAGACUUUCAGUGAAGACAGACUAAAUCAACAGGAAUUUAAUGAUUUUAUGGUACAACUACAUGAUUAUGUACCGCAAGUUCCAGAUGCUGUUACUUCUCAUUAUAUGAGGUUAGCUGGACUUAGUGAUGAAGAUCCCAAAGUCGUUCGUCUCAUAUCUCUGGCAGUUCAAAAAUUUAUAUCAGACACUGCAAAUGAUUCUUUUUUAAUGACUCGCAGUAAAACUAAAUUAACUGAACAAGAGAAGCAAGCAAAGGAUCGAAAGUAUACCUUAACACUGGAUGAUGCUGUUUCUGCUUUGAAUAGCAAUGGUUUUUCAAUAGCAAAACCGAAUUACUAUCAAUAAGUGUAUAUAGUUUUUCAUUAGUAGCAAAGAUGGUAUAAGUGAUAACAUUCCUGCAAAAUUAUUAGUAACAUGUCAUCAAAAGGCAGUGCAACAAUGAGAUUUGGAUCCAUUACACUAUAUUCUGUGAUGUUCGCAUGCAAUAUGUUACAAAUUCCAUUAUCAAAAGAUAUAUGUUAUGCAGAAACUUACGUAUAUUUCACUGGUAAUUAUAUUGCAUUUCCAGUCGCUGUUUAAGCUAUUAGUAAUGCAUUGUAUGAGUACUGUCACGAUAAUAUAUUCUAAUGCUUUUGCUGAAAUGCUAUAUAUUUACUACAUUUUAUAUGACACAUGUGUUACAUUUAUUUUAUGGUAUAAUUAUACAUUUUGUU